GUGCCGCCUAAGUACAAUUGUGCAGCUCCAAAGUACAUAAAUUCAGGCAUGCACGUACAAUGCGCAUUAAUCAUUCUUAGACGUGUUCGAAUCAAAAGUUUCCAAAUUGCAUGUCGAUUUGGGUCGAGACUAAGUCAAUCAUCCCGUAUGCUAACUGCAUAUAUAGGUCCAGCGUUAGUUAUCUUUGGUACACGAGCUGCAUUUUCCGGCACAUAGCUAACCAGUAACAAUGACUUCUGAGUCUCGGCCAAGUUCGUUUCUGCUGUCGCUUUGUAUGCUGCUUCUCCUGGCACCAUCGGUCAGGCCACGGACUGUCAAGGCCCAAUGGAGCAUCCCGAUCAAGGAAGCGACCAUUACGGAUAUCCGCCUCGCGUUCAAGCAAAACAAGCUCACUUCCCGGCAGCUCACCCAGUUCUACCUCGGGCAGAUCCAGAAGCUCAACUCGAUCCUCAACGGAGUCAUAGAGAUCAACCCCGACGCACUUUACCAGGCCGACAAUGCUGAUCGGGAACGUCAUGCCAAGGGACCUUCUCAUUACGGCUCUUUGCCCGGUUUACAUGGGAUCCCGAUCCUUCUUAAGGAUAAUAUCGGUACGAAGGACAGGCUCAACACCACUGCUGGCUCCUUUGCGCUGCUCAGGUCAGUCGUGGCUCGGGACGCUGGCGUUGUGGCUGAGUUGAGACAGGCUGGUGCAGUUAUACUGGGGAAGGCAAGCAUGAGUGAGUGGGCUGCGUUCCGGUCAGUCAAUGCACCAAACGGAUGGAGUGCUAGAGGUGGACAGGGCAAGAAUCCUUAUGUUCUGUCAGCAGAUCCUUGCGGCUCGAGCAGUGGAUCUGCAAUAUCCGUGGCAGCAAAUUUGGCAGCAGUUUCAUUAGGAACUGAGACUGACGGGUCGAUACUUUGUCCCUCAAGUGCCAAUUCUGUAGUAGCCAUUAAGCCCACUGUUGGCCUGACAAGCCGUGCUGGGGUUAUUCCUGUGAAUCCCCGACAGGACACUAUUGGGCCAAUUACGAGGACGGUUACAGAUGCUGUUUAUGUUCUAGAUGCCAUUGCAGGGUUUGACUACAAUGAUCCUGCAACACGCGAGGCAUCGAAGUACAUUCCUAAAGAUGGAUAUGCCCAGUUCCUUAAACCUCAUGGGCUCAGAGGGAAGCGAGUUGGCAUAGUGAGAGAUCCCUUCUUCAAUUUCGACAAUAGCCCAAGCCAACUCAGCCAAGCUCAGACUUUCAAGCAGCAUUUCCAAUCUCUGAGGCAAGGAGGUGCAGUCCUAAUAGAUAACCUGAAGAUAGACAACAUCGAUACCAUACUGAACCCCACCCUUAGUGGUGAGGCAGCAGCAUCUGUGGCGGAGUUUAAGAUAUCCCUGAAUUUGUACCUCAGGGAUCUCGUAUCUUCCCCUGUUCGGUCCUUGGCGGAUGUGAUAGCCUUCAACCAAAAGAACUCGGAGUUGGAGAUGCUCGAUCAGUUUGGACAGGAUAUCUUUCUAGCAGCUGAAUCAACAAAUGGGAUCGGUGACCAAGAGAAGGCGGCUGUGCUGAAUAUCGCUCAACUAACCAGAAAUGGCUUGGUAAAGUUGAUGUAUACAUAUAAACUAGAUGCUAUAGUGACUCCAGGAUAUCAAAUCUCCCCUGCUCUUGCAAUCGGGGGAUUCCCCGGGAUAAGUGUUCCUGCAGGAUAUGACAGCAAGGGCGUCCCAUUCGGCAUUUGCUUCAGCGGCCUGAAGGGUUCGGAGCCCACACUGAUCGAGAUCGCUUAUGGAUUUGAGCAGGCUACUAAGAUCAGGAAGGCCCCCAGCUUUCAACCUUGAAGCUCGGCAAUAAUCUUCUUUAUGUUACGUUAAUAAGAGUCCUUGUCAAUAAAACUGCCUAAACCAAGAAUGUAUGAGCAGUCGAGAUUGUUCAACAACCGAGUUUUUUUCUAUUUCACAUACCAUUGAAAGGGCUAUUUUAAUUAAAUUCAGCCGCAUGUCUCGUUGAACAUAUUCCGAACAU